GGUCGUACAGUGCGAGUCUUGAUCUCUCGAGCCGGGUGAACCAUCGCAGUGACGCGGCCGGUGUUGGCGCUAACCUUAUUCAGCGCUGGACGGUCUUCUGCCAAAUUCUCUGGACGAAAUGCUCGACGAAAAGCGCAGGUACAAGCUACGAUAUCCCCAGAGAGGGAGGGAGAGGUUUUCCAUCCCUCCGCACUCCUGGCGCCAGGAAUUAAAUUCCUCGACCAGCCAGCCAGCCAGCCAGCCUUGCGAAAAAGGAGACGCAUGGAAUAAUCCGCAGUCCCUGCAAUUGGCCGUGUCGAACAUACCGCGCUUCAUACCCGAGCUCGUAUGUCGUCGUACCUCCGCCUGCCUGCCUGCCUGCCUGCCUGCCGGCCCCCGCGCCUCACUGGCCGAGGGGCAAUAAAUAAAGCCCCCGCCCGCGCACACGCCACCCGAAUGCGUCGACCGGCUGGGGGCGAUGGCGGGGUUGCGGCCAGGUGAUUUGGAAUCGCGAAGUUGGAUAUGGGAGGCCGGUCGUAGUCUUUAUCUGACAUGAAUCGACAUGGGGAAGUCAUUCUUUACCGUGCUGGUCGGCACUCCACUCGGUGCUCCCCACGCCACCCUACGCCUCAGAGCCUCAGAGAGCCGCAGAGAGAGCCUCAGGGCCGCGCUCAGUCAGCCCACCCCGUGGCCACCUUACUCGGUGCCGCUUCGUUCGCACGCUUUAAAUGAAUGAUCUCCGGCCGGGCCUGACGAUCCCAGCAAGCAAGCCUUUGUUUUUACUUGCAUGGCAUGCUUGCUCACACUUCAUUCAAUUCCCGCACCUCCUCUGCGCGGUUCCCAGAAAGUGCACCCGAAAGAUCCGAAACCAACAGAGAAAAGAAAAGCAGGCGGGUUGCUAACCAUGGAGGUCUCGACUACGUACCAUUGACCGGGCCGAUGAGAUGAGAUGAGCCGAGCCCGAGCCUAAGUUGCGCAUCAAAUCCAUGCCAACAGAUUUCACAAGAAGCCAUGAGGGUCGAAAGGGCCGAAGGGGCCGAAGGGGCGGAGGGGAGGAUCAGCCGGACGGACGGAGGGACGGACGUCGCGAGGAGGAGGAGGAGGAGAGAGCCGACGAGGCGGCCUGCGGACCCCGAUGAGCCAUCCGAUAUCCAUCCCGAGGGCGGCCCCCGGGCCCCGCGCCCGCGAUCGCCACCGGGGGCCCGGUCGGUUCCAGGGUCGCAGGCGAAGGUUCUUGGUGUGGGAUGGGGGACGACCCUUAACGGAUGGGAGGGUCCCGGCAGCGGCAAAUCUGGUGCUGGCCCGGGCAGUCAUUAUUAUAAGAACAUCACCGGCUAGAGGCCAGUUCCCGAUACACGACCAGUAGCAGUAGCAGUGGCAGGCGCAGGCGCAGGAGCAGUGGCAGUGGCACAGGACGGUGUUUUGUCUAAACCUGUUCUGGGGGCCCGGGGGGUUUUUGUCCAAAGUUUCGUCUUCGAUUUUGUUUGGCCUGAUUUUGGCAAUCGCAGAACCGAACGAACGAACUGCUGAGGCCUGGCCAUGAUCCAUCAUGAGAAAAGGCAAACGGCUCGGCCACUUGUCAACAUUGAAUAAAUAGGCUUUCAGGAGACGACAGAGAGCGAGCUUAGAUAGACUCUGCGCAUGCCAUGCCACCAUGCUUUGCUGAUUUCUAAAGAAGCAACAGAUUGAAUGUUGUGUGUGAGUACGCGCCCUUGCAGUUACGAUUAUGGAGUGAUUUGAUUCGACAUUCUGCAAAGGACUACGCUAUGCGACAGAAGACACCAGCAGAGCAGGGCAGAGCGGAAGGCGUCCAUCCAACCAUGAGCCUACAAUAACGACUCACUGUACACGGGACCAUAUCAAUGACAAUCAUGAAUUCCCGAUAUUCUGUGAUCACCAAUUUACAAUUGGAACUCAUCUACUGCCUAGCCCUCUGCCCAUCCAUCAUAAUGAGCUACGCAGCUCUACGAAGCUUGCGGUAAAGAACAUCAUUCGCUCGCUACAGGCUUCACUCUGUCCCACAAGGGGGCCGGCCAGGCAGAAGUUGCAGACCCAAACUUUAGGCCAGGCCAGCUUGCUUCCCGGAUGCAAAAGUUCUAACAAGAAAGAAUAGGACCUGCUGCUACUGCUGCUGCUGCUGCACUUGCCUGCUGCCAGCCCGAUAUAUACUGUAGAUGUCGAUCGGACGAAAAACCCCACCGGGGCUCAAGUUUACGCAUUUAAGUCUGGAUGACCCCCCUCAUCCACAGCCAAAACAUUCCAGAUUCUGGCCUACAAGCUUGCUUCAUCAUCCACGUCUUAAGCCCGUCAACGAAACCUCGUUCAUGUACACAGUUUUAUUUCAGAGAAGCAGAUUUCAAUUGAAAUGUACAAGAG